CUCUCUGUUCUAAGAUUAACUGAAUUGUGCUGUCCAAUUUUUAACGGAUCAGUUUUAGUCGACGAUACGAACAAGCCUAGGACGGAUUUCCCUCGCUUGCUUUCGUCUCUUGCAAGAUAAUCAAAUGAUGCUCGAGUGGUCUUUGUAAUUUCCCCUUGACAAUGAUCCGCUCUCAUGCUCAGCUCUCCUCGCCCGUCAGAAAGAAGAGACGCAGGUUCGAGCACCAUUACGACCGUGAUCUCCUCAACACUGCCGUGCAACAAGUCAAGAAUGGCGAGCUUGGCAUUAACGAAGCGUCCGACAAAUACAACAUCCCACGCACGACCAUCAGCUCCCGUCUUCGUAAGGACGGAUGGUAUUCCAAAGACACCAUCCUUCCAGACCCCGAGCUGUCACCUCGCAUUAAAAACGAGCUGCUCGUAUGGCUUAAGACGAUGCGACAGAUGUCGUGCUCGACUGUUCUCUCGGCCCUGCCUUUUGUCAUGCAAGAAGUCUGUGAAAUGUCCGGGGAACACACGCUGUUUGCUGCGAGUAACCUCCCUCCUGUGGGUUAUUGCAGACGUUUCCUUGAUGAAAUUCGCAUUCAAAAAGAAAAGGAACUGAAAAAUUCUGAAGGAACUGUGGUGUGGAAGUCUAACUCUUGUUCCGUUAUUGAUCUUUGGCUGAAAAACUUAGAUGAGCUUUUUGAAAUUCAAUAUGGCCUCGAUGCAGACUCAUUCUUAAGCGGCAGUGAGGUCAAUGCAAGACAGAUCUACUGCUGCCAUCGACUGGCGAUGGUUCUCAAGCGUGAGGACGGCGGCACUGGCAAGCUUGUCCACUGCCAACCGCCCCAUCAGAAACAUCUGCCAAGCAUUAUCACGAUGUUCACCUGUGUUGGUGUUGAUGGCUCAGCGCUCACUCCGUUGUUUGUAGCUAAAAGCAGGUCAUCGGAGCAAAAAUAUUUCGCCAAAUCUAAAACUUCGUUCCCAUCUUUUGAAGUGUGGUCUAAGGAAUGCGUCAUGGAUGCAGAUGUUUUCUUGGACUGGCUCCAGCUGAUCGUUCGGGAACUGGGAGACGAUGAAACUAAUCGUCCUUUGUUGCUGUUCUUGGACCAGUCAAUUGGUAUCAUCUCCUUGGCCGUGCUGGACUUCUGUCGGGACAAUAUGAUUAUUUUGUUUUACCUGCCUGACACGACUGCCGGGUCGCGGCUCCCAUUUGGUUCGGCGAUCUUCGAUGAACUCAUCAAAUCGUCGCCCGAGUUCAGCGGCAGAAGCAAACGGUCAAUCACAAAGGCACACUCAUUGCAAGUUCUCCCGAAGCUCUGGAGUUGUUUGCAAAAAGAAGUAAUUAUCGCUGAAUUCCGCCGUGUAGGAUUGGUACCGCUCGACAAAAAAGUUCUGGAAUGCUGCAUGACGCCAGUUUCUGGUGUUAAUAAUCAUUUAAGACGGAAUAAUCCAGGAGAAGCUGUUAAUGGAAGCAUGGACUCUUCUUCACCGAGGUUAGAAAUAAGUUUUGUCACUUCUGAGAGUGAAGUCUUGUCUUCGGUUCCUGAACCAAUAUCGAAAAAUGUAAAUAUGAGAUCGACAUGUAAAAAGAGCUCGAUGUCAUCUACGCCGCACGUUCCGUUGGCCUACUCUAAGUCUUGCUUGGAGUCAGCGCAAAAUAUCCCGUGUGAAUCAGCCCAAGAUUCUUCGAUGCCCCAACCAAAUGAACAGGACAAGCUUCUUCCUGGGACCAACAAGCGGAAGAGGAAACAACCAUUGGCGAAUUCAGCGUCACCUCGGUUGCCUAAAAAGACGAAGAAAACGACCAGUGCUGUGGUAUCGUCCACUCAAGUAAACCACGAGGCAGACAAAAGUCCCGCAAUUAAUUCUGAUGUUGGUCAGGCAGUUAAAUCAAGGAAAAAGUCCGCCGCGACUAACAUGGCUGCUGUGAAAAUGGAACCAUCAGACGUGGAAAUGCCUACAAGAAAUUCUGCGGAUACCGGCUCGCCUUCAGAGCCCGCUGUAAAACCCAAGCAGAAACGGAAAAAAGUUCGUUCGCCACCUGAAGCGUUGGUGGAAACAGUGGAAGAGUGUAAAGUGGAAGAUUCACAAGUAGCAUUAAUGGAAGGAACCGAAACGAAGCAAAGCGAAGGUGGUUCAUCAAUCACGGCGAAAUUCAGAAUUGUCGUCGACAAUUCAAAACGAAAGAAAAAAGACAAGUUGAUGUCGUCGCGCCUCCUGCACUUGGCGCUCUUGAUCCCGAAGCUCGCACGUCCGAAGAUCCUGCAAAUUUCAACGCGAUCGCUCCGCGUGCCAAGUCCUUGGAUGCUAGCUGCCUUCAUUGCGAAGAUUCCAAAGAAGAUCGUGUAG